UGAUUUUUACAUUCAAUUGUCCUUUUAUCCCUAUAAGUGUGUCUAAAUAAGAUUUAAAUUGUGUGUGUAUGUUGUGUGUGGGGAGAAUAGUAAAAUCAUGGAUCAUAUCUGGACAACCUUGGCUUUUUCUUUCGUUUUGAAGUGUGUGGAGUGCUCAGGAAGUGCAACAAAAUGGACGUAUGCAGGUGCUGUGGGACAACCAGAAUGGAUUGAGUUCUUUCCUGAAUGUGGUGGUUUCAAUCAGUCACCCAUAAAUGUGGACACAUCACAAACACUACAUGACCCAACACUAAUUCCUGUGCAGCCCAUGGGAUACAACCAGCCUGGGAAAAGACCAUUUAUCCUCUCUAAUAAUGGCCAUACAGUGCAGAUGACAUUGCCCCACUGGAUGGGUGUUGGUGGAUUGCCAUCACAUUAUAGUGCUGUGCAGCUGCACCUGCACUGGGGUAAUGGAGUGGGCAUAGCAACAGGAAGCGAACACACCAUUAAUGGACAGAGCACUUCAGCAGAGCUUCAUAUUGUCCAUUACAAUACAGAGGUUUAUGCAAAUAUGUCAGAAGCUAUGAUGCAGAAGAAUGGCCUGGCUGUGUUAGGAAUCCUAAUCGAGACAGGUGAAGAGGUUAAUCAGGCAUAUGGUAGUAUUUUUAACUAUCUGGGACGCAUCAGAUAUGCAGGACAGAAGGUGGCUAUCCCAUCAUUUGAUUUACAGUCUCUUUUACCUGACAAUCUCAGCCAAUAUUUUCGCUACAAUGGCUCACUCACCACCCCACCCUGCCACGAGAGUGUCCUCUGGACCAUCUUCAAUGAAAGGGUUAAAAUCUCUCACUUGCAGUUGUUAAAAUUAGAGACAGUAUUGUAUUCCAGUAAGGCAGAAGAGGAAGAACCCACCAUUCUCCAGGAUAACUACCGUGCCACACAACCACUUAACCACAGAACUGUCCUGUCCUCUUUCAUUCCUGUCUCAGUUCAAGUUUAUACUGUCGGUGAAAUUGCAGCAAUUGUGAUUGGAUCUCUGUUUGGAUGUAUAGGUUUGGCUGUUAUUAUCUGGUUCAUUGUGAAAACUAUUCGCUUAACAUCCAGUUGGGAUGUCCUGCAAAGUAUCCAACCUGCUCCUCAGCCCAGAAUGCAAGACGCAAAAGAACACAAACAGGACACAGACUUAAAGAUGACCUCUAACCAAGAAAAAACAAAGGACACUGAACAUCAGCCUGAAAUUUGAUUUUAAACCUGUUUAUAUCUUGACCUUUUGGUA